AAAAAACAACAUACAACAACUAAUUAACCUCUUUAUCUCUCAAAAAAAAAAUCUUAGACUUUUUCUUUCUUCAUACAAUCACUCUGUCUCAACCUGCAUGUUUUUCUCAUCUUACAACAAAGGGUUUUUCUUAACUAACAACAAAGGGUUUUUCUUUUGAAUUUCCCUUUUUUCUUAUUUUGUUCUUAAAUUAUUUUACUCGAAUCAAUUUUGAUUUGUUUGAGCUUUCUCAUAACUCUAUCAGAGAAAUGGGGCAAAAACAAUCAAAAGAAAAAUUGUUGUAUCAUUAUGUUAUUAAUGGUGAUGUUGGUGGUAUUGAAUUUCUCUCCAAACAAGGCACUGGUCUAGAGUGGAAAGAUAAAGAAGGGAAAACUCCCCUGAUUGUGGCAGCCAAGGAUCCUGGACUCUAUGAUAUGGCUAGAACUCUAAUUGAAUUGGGUGCUAAUGUCAAUGCUUUUUGUAAAGGUCGUCAAGGAGGAACACCUCUACAUUAUGCUGCAAAGGAAGGACUUGAUAAUACAGUCGCUUUACUUCUUUUACAUGGAGCCAAUGCCUUUGUCAAGAACAGGGAGAAUCAAACUCCACUUGAUGUUGCUAGGAAAAAUGGCCAUAAUCAUGUUGUUCGACAGAUUGAGAGCCGUAUUUGCUACUUUGCUGGUCCAAUACGCGAAAAAUUUGGACCAGGAUUGUCUGAUGUAUCAGCUCCACAAUCAUCAUCAACAUCAGCAGUAAUUUGGGUUGUUGUAGUACCUCGAAGUCCUCACAAUCCUCCAAGACCACAAAAAUUAGAACUUGUUAUUUACUCAACUGCUCAAGAUGCUGAACCUCGAAAAAUUAUUUCUCUUAGACGGUCUAAAAUCAAGGCGCCAAGAUUCGAUCAACCAAGUCCUGCUCUGACAAUUUUCGACAAGCAGACCAAAAAUCGAUAUAAAUUCUCAUCAAUUACCUAUGAUGACAAGCAGCAACUUCGACGAUUGUACAAUGCUUGUAAAGGGAUCUCUCAGGUUAUGCCAGCCUCAGCACAGAUGAUGAUUCCAGAAACUAUAAACUCUUCACCACUUCAUACAACAUCAUCCCAUAUAACUAGUCCUGCAUGGACAACACCCAGAAUUUUCUCCCCUCCCAUGACACCCAACAACAACAACAACAACAACAUCUGGGUACACGAAUCACCACGAUCGAAACUGAAUUCUGCACCUAAUAGAUCGCCUACAGCAGCAGCAGCGGUUUCUUCCCCUGUUCCCUCAGCUCCCCCAAUCAAUACUACCAGCAUUAAUACACCAGUUUCUGAUGAAUCUGCAGAUUUUACUGUGUGUGUAGUUUGCUGGGAAGCUCCGGUUGAAGGAGCGUGCAUCCCGUGUGGGCACGUGUCUACGUGUAUGUCUUGUUUGAAGAAGAUUAAGGAUAAUAAUGGGGUUUGCCCUGUUUGUAGAGGUGAGAUUGAUCAGGUUGUAAAACUCUAUGGUAUUUAAAAUAAAUGAGACAGGGUUGAAGUAUUUUGUACAUAAGACUGAGUGGAUCAUUUGUUAUUUUUUUCUGAAAUUCUGGGGUUCGUCUUUUGGUGAUCAUUCAUUUUAUCUUAACUCAUGCAAUAAGACAGUUACCAAGAUAUGUUUGGUCCUA